AUGUCCUUUUAUGGUUAUAUGUACAUCGUCAAGUCUCAUGAACGCAUCGCGACUCUUAUUUAAGUCUUAAUCCAUGCUCAUACACUUGCACCUUUGCUGAGUUAACUUUGUUGGAAGUUGGAAACCUUCACUCACGUACUCUCUUUUAGGUUUGAGUCAGUAAAUUAAUUGUUUUAGGUAGCAUGUGGAAGUUGAAGAUAGCAGAAGGAGGAGAUAGGUUAAUUUCAGUGAACAACUUCAUCGGACGACAACAUUGGGAGUUUGAUCCCAAUGCCGGAACUCCAGAGGAACGUCAUCAAAUUGAAAGCCUAAGGGAGGAAUACAAAAACAACCGAUUUCGCAUCAAGCAAAGUGCUGACCUUCUCAUCAGAAUGCAGCUGAGAAAUGAAAGCACGUGUGGGCGCAAUAUUCCAGCAAGAGUGAACGUGAGAGACACAGAGCACGUGACGGAGAAAGCAGUGAUUGCCACACUGAAAAGGGCCAUAAGCUUUUAUUCCUCUAUUCAGGCCCACGAUGGCCACUGGCCAGCUGAAUCUGCUGGUCCUUUGUUUUUUCUUCAACCUUUGGUUAUGGCACUCUAUAUUACAGGCUCCCUCAAUGCUGUUUUAGGACCAGAACACCAGAAGGAAAUUAUUCGUUAUUUGUAUAAUCAUCAGAACGAAGAUGGAGGUUGGGGAUUGCAUGUAGAGGGUCACAGCACAAUGUUUGGUUCAGCGUUGAGCUACAUUGCCUUGAGAAUUCUUGGAGAAGGGCGUGAAGAUGGUGAAGACAGGGCAAUGGCUAGAGCCAGAAAAUGGAUCCUCGACCAUGGUGGUUUAGAAGCUAUUCCAUCAUGGGGAAAGUUCUGGGUCACGGUCCUUGGAGUUUAUAAGUGGUCAGGCUGCAACCCACUUCCACCAGAAAUAUGGCUUAUGCCCGAAUGCACUCCUAUUCAUCCAGGAAAAAUGUUAUGCUACUGUCGCUUAGUCUACAUGCCCAUGUCAUAUUUAUAUGGGAAGAGGUUCGUGGGUCCUAUUACAGGCUUAAUCAUGUCAUUAAGAAAAGAAAUGUAUAACCAGCCUUAUGAUCAAAUCAAUUGGAAUGAUGCUCGAACCAGAGUUGCCAAGGAGGAUCUGUACUACCCACAUCCUCAAAUUCAAGAUAUGUUAUGGGCAUCUCUUCAUCACGUAGCAGAGCCUCUUCUGAACAGCUGGCCAUUUUCCAUGCUGAGAGAGAAGGCACUAGAGGUCGUAAUUAAUCAUAUACGUUAUGAGGAUGAGAAUAGUAGAUACCUUUGCAUUGGUAGUGUGGAAAAGGUGUUAUGUUUGCUUGCACGUUGGGUCGAAGAUCCAAACUCAGAGGCAUACAAACUUCAUUUAGCUAGAAUCCCUGAUUACUUCUGGCUUGCGGAAGAUGGCUUGAAAAUCCAGAGUUUUGGCUCUCAACUCUGGGAUGCUGCAUUAGCCAUACAAGCAAUCCUUUCAUGUGACUUGAGUGAAGAGUAUGGACCUACACUCCGGAAAGCACAUCAAUUCGUGAAGGCUUCCCAGGUACGGGAAAAUCCAUCAGGUAACUUCAAAGCAAUGCAUCGACACAUAUCCAAAGGAUCAUGGACAUUCUCAAUGCAGGAUCAGGGUUGGCAAGUCUCUGACUGCACAGCAGAAGGAUUAAAGGCUGCACUUCUAUUGUCACAAAUGUCUCCUGACCUAAUAGGCGAGAGAAUGGAAGAUGAGCGGUUCUAUGAAGCUGUUGAUAUCAUUUUAUCUCUUCAGAGCAACAACGGUGGUUUCCCUGCUUGGGAGCCUCAAAGAGCAUAUCGUUGGUUAGAGAAAUUCAAUCCAACGGAAAUCUUUGAAGACACCCUCAUUGAGAUGGAGUAUGUGGAAUGCACAUCAUCGGCAUUGCAGGCCCUGGCUCUCUUUAGAAAGUUAUAUCCAAACCACAGAAGAAAGGAUGUUGAAAAAUGCAUUUCUAAAGCAAUCCGUUACAUUGAAAAAACUCAAAAUCACGAUGGAUCAUGGUUUGGUUGUUGGGGAAUUUGCUGUACCUAUGGCACUUGGUUUUCUGUAAAGGGGUUAACAGACUGUGGAAAAAACUACCAUAACAGUCCUGCCUUGCGUAAAGCUUGCGAUUUUUUGUUGUCAAAACAACUUCCUAAUGGAGGAUGGGGUGAGAGUUACUUGUCAAGCCAAAACAAGGUAUAUACAAAUCUGGAAGGCAACAGGGCAAACUUAGUUCAAACUUCAUGGGCUUUGAUGUCCCUUAUUGAUGCAGGGCAGGUUGAGAUAGAUCGAACACCCGUAGAGCGCGGAAUAAGGUUAUUAAUCAAUUCACAAAUGGAAGAUGGAGACUUCCCGCAACAGGAAAUCACUGGAGUAUUUAUGAGGAAUUGCACCCUGAAUUACUCUUCAUAUCGAAACAUUUUUCCCAUAUGGGCUUUAGGAGAGUAUCGUCGUCGUGUAUUUACGCAUAAAGAUCAAAUGCUUAGCUCCACCUAACUCCAACUCAUUUUAUUGGCUUGUUGCCUCGAUGCACCACUAGAGCAUAUGAGAGCCGAUUAUAGAUCGUAUAAAAAUAAAAUAUUAUUUUAGUAUUUUGAAUUCUUUAAAAUUAGAGACAGUUGUUUAUAUAAAUAAUCAUUUUCUAUAGGUUAUGUAAAACUUGGGUAUAUGUAAAAGAAAAAAAAAUGAGAUGUUGAAGAGAGAGAAAAUAUAUUAGUAGACUAAUCA